CUUGAGCGCUCGGCCGCCUCGGGUGCUCCGGUCAUGGGUUCGGUCGCCGAGAUUUGCCGGCAUCUCGAAAAAGAGAAAAAGUCAAUUGUUCGCGAAUUGAAGUGCACCAACAUUUUGACAGCGCUCGUCAAAGAGGAGGUCAUCACCACUUUCGAGGAGGAGCUUAUCAACCGCGAACUCGACGACAAUGUCAAAGGGGAUCUGUUCUUUUCACUCCUUUCGAAAAAGAGCGUGGACGCUUUUAAAAAUUUCGUCUAUAUCGUCGAACAGGAAGCUCCUCACAUUUUGAACUCGGUCAUUAAAAAAGGAAGUAGGCAAAUGAAUACGGAAGAAAUCACGUAUGCGGACAGUGAGAAAGAAUUGGACGAAGAAUUGGCGUACUUCCACAGGUCUGAACGCUACCCACAUGCCCUUUCCGGUACGCUGGACCGGGACAGGCGGUACUCGCACAAAAGAGACGACUUUUUCAACCGGUGCAUCAUCACUGACGACGCCAUCAGCUCGGAUCGUUCCGAAUGCUGUUCAAACAACUGCAAAUACGUUAAAGGGUAUAACAAUGAAGUGAUCAUCCUGCCCGAUGGGAGCCCGGCAAGUUCAAUCGAAAUGUACCAAGAGCCCGUUGAUGAGGACAGUGGAGAGAGGGUGGUUUGGGAGAUCCACCAAGUGACACUGAACCGUGUUCCUGGGUAUGGUUUUGGAAUUGCUGUCAGCGGAGGUAGGGACAACCCUCACUUUACCAAUGGAGAUCCUUCCAUUGCAAUAUCUGACGUAUUGAAAGCGGGUCCAGCCGAGGGGAAACUCUUAGUCAAUGACAGAAUUAUGAGUGCAAAUGGCGUGUCAUUAGAUGGUGUUGAAUAUGCAACUGCAGUUCAGGUUUUACGGGAUAGCGGGAACACGGUUCAGUUGGUUGUUCGAAGGAGAGUCGUUCUUCCAUCAUCUCCUGAACCGCAAACGCUAAGAGUGCAAAUAACAAAAAGCAGAAAAAAAGAUGAUUUUGGUAUAGUUCUUGGAACUAAAAUCUACGUAAAGGAUGUUGGCACUAAACUAGAAGGGAAUUCGCUUCAGGAAGGGGACAUAAUUCUUAAAAUUAAUAAUUAUUCAACCGAUGGAAUGAAUUUAAAGGAAGCAAGGAAAUUGAUUGAGGGUAGUAAAGAGAAGGUCAAUUUGUUAGUGAGACGAGAAAUGCCAAGAACGACCUACGCAACUGAACCUACAGCCAUUCGUACAAAAGAAGGGAAUUACAUGGAUGGUGUAAACAACUACGCCUCGCAGAAUGUUUACGUUCAGCCUCCGACAAGGCUUCAGCUUGAUGAUAAAAGUAACUUGGCACCAAGAGGAAGAUCCCGUGGGCCGUUAAUGGACCCAAGUUCCAUAUCGCAAGUGGAGAGAUCUUCUAGCCCUCUAAGUCAUGCUCAUAGCAGGAGUCGUAGCGGAGUGGAAGAAGCUCCAGAUCCACCUCGCCCUCCACCACCUAGAUCUCAAGAUUACUACAGCAGUUCUCGUCAUUUGUAUGAAGAUGACUCUUUGCAUGAAAGAAAAAUACCUGAGCCGAGAUUAAUUACUUUUCUUAAGGAAGGAUCAGUCGGCAUAAGGUUAACUGGCGGAAACGAAGUCGGCAUUUUUGUCACCGCUGUUCAACCUGGCAGUCCGGCAGCUCUGCAAGGUCUCCAACCAGGGGACAAAAUUUUGAAAGUCAAUGAUAUGGAUCUCAAAGGAAUUACCCGAGAGGAGGCUGUCCUAUUGCUAUUAAGUCUUCAAGACCAAAUCCAGCUUAUUGUUCAGCAUCGUAGAGAAGAAUAUGAACAUGUUGUAGCCAACCAACGGGGCGAUUCUUUCCACAUUAAAGCACACUUUAAUUAUGAGCAACCUAAUAAAGGUGAAAUGACCUUUAGAAAAGGGGACAUAUUUCAUGUUAUCGAUACGUUACAUAAUGGUGUAGUUGGAUCAUGGCAGGUCUAUAAAAUAGGAAGAAACAACCAAGAAGUCCAACAAGGGAUAAUACCCAACAAAGCGAGAGCUGAAGAAUUGGCCACAGCACAAUUCAAUGCCAACAAAAAAGAAGCUAACAACUCUGAAAGUAGGGGUAGCUUUUUUAGGCGCCGCAGAAACAGUCAUAGAAGAUCAAAAUCGCUAAGUAAAGAUCAUUGGGAUGAUGUUGUGUUCGGUGACAGUGUGAGCAAAUUUCCUGCUUAUGAACGCGUAGUACUCAGGCAUCCUGGCUUUAUGCGCCCAGUUGUACUCUUUGGUCCUGUUGCCGAUUUAGCGAGAGAAAAACUGUUAAAAGAUUUCCCUGAUAAAUUCUCUUCUCCUCAUCUAGAUAGCAAUAUUGAAGAGGUUGCUAAAUCUGCUAAAACGAGUGGAAUCAUAAGGCUAAGUGCGAUAAGAGAAAUCAUGGACAGAGGGAAACACGCCCUUCUUGACAUCACACCUAACGCAGUCGACCGAUUAAAUUAUGCACAAUUUUAUCCUAUUGUUGUCUUUUUACGUGCAGACUCAAAACAUAUUGUCAAAGAAUUAAGGGCAGGAAUGUCUAAAACUGUGCAUAAGAGCAGUAAAAAAUUAUUCGAACAAAGCCAAAAAGUUGAAAAAGCGUGGGGCCAUGUUUUUUCAGCUACAGUUCCCCUUUCUAGUCCAGAAUCGUGGUAUCGAAAAAUACGUGAAUUGAUUGAUAAAAAUCAAACAGCACCAGUUUGGAUGAGUGAAUCUAAACCUGAAGAAGCCCUUGCUGAUGACUUCUUAUUCCCAAUGGGUUCAUUAAGACUCUCAUACGCUUCAUCACCCGAAUCAGAUUUAGAAGCAACUCCUGGUGCCCUGGGACCCACAGGAGGCAGUCCCAGGCUAGUUAAAUGCUCCAGUGAUCCUAGUAUCGCCACCCAGCCGGAUGGUUCACCAAAAUUACAGCAUCCGCCUCCCUAUUCACCACCUCAUAAUCAUGCAUUGCAGACAUAUGAAGGACACAUUAAACCACGAAGGUCCGUUGAAAAAUAUGGAAUGCUUCCUCCAGAAUUACCACCGAGGAUAGAUAGAGCAGUUAAACCACCGAGAACGAGCACCAAUAGCCAAAGAUCAGCCCAAGAGCGACUUUUUGGUUCUGAACCACCUAAUUACAUAAACGCAACUCCUCAUGUAAAUCAAUCUUCUCUUGAUCGCCAUAAUAACAAUAAAUCGAAUAGUUAUGAUAGUGUAUCAUCUUACGAUAGCUACAAUAAUCAAAGAUUAGGCUUGGGUCCGAAUGCGCAUGAUGAUCUCAAGUCGUGCAACGGAGGACCUGGUAGCCCACAAAGACAGGUUGCCCAUGAUCCUUAUAGGUUCACAAGAUCGACACAACAGCCCAUUAAAGACUCUCCCUCAAAAAUAAAGCCCCCUGAUUAUCCUAAAUACAGGCCUCCAGGGAUAGGAGAGUUCAGUCCAAGCAAACCAUUGCCUCCGACAAAACCACCUUCUUCGCAACAUUCUUAUAAGCCAAUACCACCACCGAAGCCAAAAAAUUAUAGGCCGCCUCACCAAAGCUAUUAUCCACAGAGUAAUGGAUAUCAACAUUCUAAGUCAUUUAGUACAACAGAAAACAAUUAUUCAUCACAUUUGCAUAAUGGGGUGAGUUCCUUACCUAAUAAAUAUGGAUCUGAAUCAACUGAAAUGAAUGGUCAUGGGAGUAGUUUAGAUAGAAGCACAUACGGAAGAUCAGGAGGGCAGCAACAAUAUUAUUACAAUGUAGUUCCAUCUCCGAGGCAGAGUCAUAAUAGAGAACCAAGUGGAUUAGAUUUGGCACACAGAGCUGACCAAAGAGGGAGUGCUUUUGAAUUGUAUAAAAAACCGACCGAUCCUAACAAUCAUUACAAUAUUGAGCAUGGUUUAAGUCUAUGAACCAAAUUUUUUCAAGCAGGGGAGCGUCCAGUUGUGAUUCCUAAGCAAAAACCCUUCACUAAACAAAAAAAAAAUCAGAUGGACAACAUUAGCUUUAAAUAAUGAUUGUGAUUACCUUUAAAACAUAUAUAAAGGAUAUCUGUGUGAUUCAGUCAUAUUGUGCCAUUUUUUUAACAUCCUGGGUGUU